GGCUUGGGAGCUGCUCGGGGCGCCACGGGUGCCUCCGACCCGCCCGCCCGAGGCGCGAUUCACCUUCCUAUUGCCCACCGCACACUUCACUUUCCGCUCCCGUGAGCACCCGUUUUGUGAUCGUCGCUCCCGCGGUCACAGCACGCGAUGGCGGCCCUCCGGCUGCUGGCGCUGUGCGCGCCCCUGGCCCGGGGCAUCGCCCUCCACAAGGACGCGUCCGCCCUCGACAGGGACGCGUCGGUGGCUGACCACCUGGCCGACAAGGGGACCCUGUCGGGGCAGGCCCUGGAGUACUUCCGCGGCCUCGAGAACGCGUCGUUCCGGAGGCCCGUGCUCGUGCCGCCGGGCGACAUGCGGCGGCCGGCCGCCAGCCUCCUGGGCGUGGACUCGAAGCAGGCCCUCCGGGGGACCGGGGAGUUCCAGCCCUCGGCGGAGUUCCAGAGGGCCGGUGAGGGCCAGGGCGCGGAGCUGCCCUGGGGCGUCGGCACGCCCCGCACUGGCGACUCGUGGCCCGUCCACGAGUACUCGGCCAUGCACAUGCUCGACGUCCCCCACUGGGUCGAAUACAGUCUGGAGACCGGGGACAACAUCCAGACCUUCAGCAACGCCUGGCAGGACGUCAAGCUCAUCACGCAGGUGCUCGAGAACGUCACCAACGGCUUCUACCUGGACACCCACGGCGGGGAUGGCGAGACGAACAGCUACACGCUCCUACUCGAGCUCACCGGCUGGCGCGGCCUCAUACUCGAGCCUCAAAUCUACGAGUUCGCGACGUUGUGGGGCAAGCUGCGGAAGGCGUGGAUAUUCCUUGGGUGCCUCUCUCCGACCGGGAACGCCACGAAGCUCGGCUUCGACACCAACGGCGUACUCGACAUGCUGAGCGGUCACCAGAUCCACGCCUACAAUUUGCCCACCUUCAUGGAAGAGCUGGGCGGUCGCAAGACCAUUGACUUCUGGGCCGUCCACAACGGUCAUUAUGAGGCAGAGGUCCUGAACGAGACCUUCUUUCAUUCCGGGAAGAACAUCGAGUUCGGGGUCGUUUUGGUCCGCUUCGAUGGUCGUCGGUCCGGUCGUGGCGACCAGUGGUUCGCUCAGCACAGGUCCAAGGACGAAACAGAAGAGCUCAUCUUCGAGAUCAUGCACAACGCCUCCUUCAAUUACAUUGGUGGCCUGGACGCGUAUUGGAUCAACUACGUCGAGCCGCGCUUUCAUUACAACGACCAUGUGUGGGUGAAUCCCGCAUACUUCGAGAAGCGCGGCCUCCCAGUUCCCUCGUGGUGCAAGUCGGCUCCCCCGCCCGCGCUGAGGUACCCCCGCCCAGGCCACCUCGACGCCCCUGGACUGGACAACCUUCAAAAGUGGACAGGCUCGGGCAGUUCCCCCGGGCCGCACGUGUACGGACAUGCGACCGACAAGACGGCGGGGGCCAUCCCUUUCGGGUACGGGAGCCCCGGCAUCCCCUACGGGCCGUCCUCGCGCAACCCCUUCGGCAUCGACCACCAGGAGUACGAGGACCCGGCCUACAUGUCCCUGGGCUCGAGCAACCCGACGAUCCCGGGACCGGAGGGAGGCGGCGGCACCUGGGACCCCCGCUGGAACUGGGACGGGGGCUACACGUACGAGCAGGAGACCGACAAGAUGAUCGCGUACAUGCAGAAGGCGAAGGCGGACGCCGCGGCCACGGAGUCGGUGGCCAAGGCGCACCGCGUCACGCCCACGCGGCUGUCCUCGGUGGCGGGGCACAAGCGGCCCGUGAGCGGGCCGCGGGCUGCCGUAGCCCUCGAGGAGCGCAGCAGCAUUCGGCACGAGCAGGAGCGCCUGUGUGGAGGCGCAGCCGAGGACCACACGGACCAGGCGGGACGCCCGACCUCCCCGCCCCACCGCACGUGGCAGCUCCGGUCCAGGAACGCGGGCAGCACCGGCGCAAGGUACGGCCGAGGUGCCAAGUUCGACGUCCUGGCCGUGAGUAUGCUGCGCGUUCACGACUGCUCGAAGGCAAGGCUGGCCAGGGCGCGCGACCAGGCCAGGCUCGCCGUAGGAUGCCUAGGCGCCACUGUCGUGCCAAUGUGGGACCCUCUGGCGUGGCUGCCCGAUGAGCUGACGGUGCGCGGCAAGAUAUGGCAGGCGUUGGUCGGAGAGGCGUCAGAGUUCGAGAUCUCGAGCGGCCCUGCAGAUGGAUGCGCAUGCGACCACGGCCUGAAGCUCCUGAACACCAGGCAGAACUACUUGACCGUUGUCUCCGUCGGCGAAGGCCCCUGGCAGGAGUGGAACAACAGCAACGCGGCGCACGCUCUGAGGCCUCACGACGGCAUUUUCGCCGUGAACGGAGUGCGAGGUGACGGUGGCCGCUUGAUGGAUGAGAUACGGGAGUCGGCGUUACGCUGGGGAGGCCCGGGCAGCCCCAAGGUGACCCUGACGGUCCGGCGCCCCAGGCGGAUGCGGGUGGCCGUGAGGAAGGGCGAGACACAGCAGGUCAAGCAGCUCGGAUUGAGCCUGCUGAUCUUCGGCUCCAGCGUGAUCGUCACCGAGGUGCAGCGCCGCGGGCUGAUCAGCCUCUGGAACGCGGCGAACCCGUACGCGAAGGUCCGGGAGGGCGACAGGGUCGUGGAGGUCAACGGCACGAAGUGGGACGGCAGCCCGACGUCCGCCUUCAAGCUGCUGGACCUGAUCCACAAGACGGCGACCGUGGACAUGGUGGUCGAGUCGCUCGCCGCGAGCGACGUGGACGAGAAGUCCGCGGACUCGGUGAAAGUGGCCAGCUGA